UUAAGAUAAGAUCGACUCAUGCCAAUGCGCAAAAACGACUCAAAAUCAGCCCUGAUAUUAAAUGUAAGUUCGAUUUUUUUCUUAGUAUUUUUUAAAAUAUCAGUUCGGUUUUUAUUUAUGCCAUUAUUUGAUUGAAUGCAGGCUAGAGUAUAGAGGUUUUUUUUCAGAACACGUAGGCCCACCAGAGAAAGGUUUCAUGGUAUGUUAAUCUGUCAAUAGACGUUGGGCUGUGAAGGGGAAACACAAGGACAAAACUGGUAGAAAUCGGUGGUAUGGCGAGGCAGAGUUCCAACUGGGCGGCCUCGCAGUGACCCCUUCAACUUUCAACUCUGGAUGCCUCCGGUUAUCAGCAUCUACAGUAGGCUAAUCCAAUCAAACUGAUGCGUACUCGCGUCAACCUGCUGCUGCUACAGGCCUCGCGUAUCCUAUCCAUAAUCUGCUAUGAGUGUCUUUCAUGUGAGAUUAGAGACCUGUGGUGGUGUCACUUCAGGAACUCAAUCGUAUUUGGGCGUUUUUAAGUAGCAUCGUUACAUUUGUUUGUUUUUUAUUCAACAAGAACUCCCCUCAGCACUCUGGACCACCAGGUAAAAUGACUUUAUCCGUCAUUCGUUAUCGAGAAUAGUCUUGAAAUAUGUGGGUUGGAGAUGAAGAGGCCCACAUUUGGGGGGAAAAUCUCUUACUUUUCUUCGGUUUUUUUUGGUUUUUUUGCAUGCCAAUGUGGCCCAUUGUCAUAUUUAUUGUGAAGAGUAAAAUAUGCCCUCUUUGCACUGUAACAAGAAACAGUUGAGUGGAUUGAUAAUCCAGAUGUUUCUUUUUAAAUAGAAAAGGAGUCAACCGUCAUCCUGAAUGGUGUGCUUAAUGUGAAGCCAAAAGAGAAGGUUGGAUAAUGAAGGAUUUGUUUGGAGAUUCAACUAGUCGCUGUGAGAGUGAAUAAUGGGACAUGGCAAACGGAGGGGAUCAGUUCGGCCUUGCGGAGCGUCCGGACUCUGCCUGCAUGGAUUCCCCAAAAGAGACCAAACAGGAAAAUCCGAGCUUCACCUUAAACUCUCCAGACUCUUCCCCGCAGACAGCGUCCAGCCAGCAGCUACCGGCCUGUACUACGGAGCAGAAUGGAAUGGAAGGAAUCAAAGUUUUCCUCCACGACAGGGAACUUUGGACAAAGUUUGAUGAAGUGGGAACCGAAAUGAUCAUCACUAAGGCUGGACGGAGGAUGUUUCCCAGUUACAAGGUGAAAGUCACGGGACUCAACCCAAAAACCAAGUACAUACUCCUGAUGGACAUAGUGCCCAGGGACGACCACCGAUACAAAUUUGCAGACAACAAAUGGUCGGUAACGGGAAAAGCAGAGCCCAUGCCCGGGAGACUCUACGUCCAUCCGGACUCUCCAGCCACCGGGGCGCACUGGAGCCGCCAGCUAGUCUCUUUCCAGAAGCUCAAACUCACCAACAACCACCUGGACCCCUUUGGACACAUAAUACUCAACUCCAUGCACAAAUACCAGCCUCGCCUCCAUAUUGUCAAGGCGGAUGAGAACAACGGCUUUGGCUCAAAAAACACUGCUUUCUGCACCCACGUCUUCUCUGAGACUGCCUUCAUCGCUGUGACGUCCUACCAGAACCACAAGAUUACACAGCUGAAGAUAGAGAAUAAUCCUUUUGCCAAGGGCUUCAGAGGCAGCGAUGACAAUGAGCUGCACCGCAUGGCCAAGCUCCAAGGGAAGGACUACCCUGUGGUCCCUCGCAGUACAGUCCGUCAAAGGGCCUGCUCCUCAGGGAGUCCGUUCAGUGGGGAGGGUCGGGGUCUGCGGGGCUCCCCAGAAACAGUGGGGUCCCCGUUCAGCUGUGAGAACCGAUUGAGUCCCCAGGAGCUGCUGAGGGCCCCACCUGCACACUACACUCUGCCUCCUGCUCACAUGCAGCACAGCCAGCCACCACAGGUCUACCACUGCACCAGGAAGAAAGUGGAGGAGAACUGCUCUCCAGGAAACCGCCAGCACCCAUAUAAGAAACCCUUCACCAGUAGCUCUCCAAGUGAGGGCGAGUCUUACUACCACCCGUCCUCCUAUCCUCCUCCUCCACCGGGUCUAUCCAACAACCCUCUCACCGACUCCCCCUACAGCUCAGACAUGGGACAGCGUCAGGCAUGCAUGUUUGCCAGCUCUGAACCCAGACUGGAUGAACUCAACUGUACAUCCUGGUCCUACACCAGCCCUCACCCCUCUGCCAUGACCCCCAUGGAACCCUACCCACCUUACACCCCACAUCCCCCCUACAGCUCCAGCCCUCAGGGUUCCCGACUCAGUGCUAUAGCCAACCAGAGCUCUCCGACGCUGGGAGAACACAUCGGCCACCACCCCUAUCAGAGCCAGAGCACCGUACCUCCAUCUCAGAGCUCCCAAAACAUUCACAUCAGGCAGCUGAGCCCUCCUCUCAGAGAGUAUCCUCGCUACACCCCCAACGUGUCUCCUCCUCUCUACCACACACUAGAGACACACACACACAUCAGGUGUGCUGUCCCAGAAUGGAGUGCAGCCUCCUAACUGAACCAGAGGACAAACCCCAAAGACUGAUAAAUGGACAGAGAUUCCUCGUCUCAAAUUCAGUGACCGCUCUUUCUGCUAUUCUGAAAGACGCUGGAUGUAUACGGACUAAAUAUGAUAUUACCUUUGUAAAAUAAUUGUGAAAAGUGUGAUAUUUUUGUGCUGUGUGAAGAGCUCUCAUCUUUGUCUUGUUUUCAAACUUUGCAGGAUGGGGCAGUGGAUUGUCAAAGACUAUACUGGGUCAUCCAUAAAACAAAGUUGUACUUAAUCUUCUUUCUAUAACCCAAAGACUGGUGUCAUCCAAAUGUUGUAACUGUGAGCCCUGUUCAGGCCAGAGUGUGAACGCCACUGUUCUGUUUACCUCUAAAUCAGUCCCACUCUCUCCAUUGUGAAGGAUGUAAAUUUUGACCCAGGCUGUAACAUUUACUGACCAAAAUAUCUCUGAUCUCCCAGCAGAGCCUGAGGUAGACAUAUUUUCUCUAUAGUGGAGCAAAGCACAGCUCCAUGCUCAGUCUCAGUGAAGGAGAAAAGGCAUGAGUUGUCUGUGUGUGCCUAUGUGUGUGCGUGUGUUUGUAUGUUAAGUCUAUGUCAGCUCAGCUCAAGGAUGCGAUGAGAUAAUUUCCAAUCAGACAGGCAGUAGUUGCUGCGGGCGCUGUAACAUAGAAAAAAGCAGUUGUUUCAGGCCACACUACAGGCUGAAGGACCUGUAAACACUGCUUUCACUGCAUUCUGGGUAAAUGCACUACUCAGCGUCACACGGAUGUCACUGCUGUCCUCUCAGUCACCCCUAGCGGACCAAUCAGCUCUUUGUCUUCUCUGAGAGCCAGCCAAUGAACACAUGCCUCUCUUUUAUCCCCAGUUGACCAGUUAGAGCUGGAGCACCACAUUUUUCGUGUGUGCGUGCGUGUUGGCCCAUUUCUGUUUGUACCUGAAUUAUUCAAUAGUCCAGUGUUGAUCCUUGACAUGCAAGGAUUGCUCAGCAAACAUAAAAAAAUCACAGUUCUGUUAAACGUGAGAAACUAACUCGUUUCUUUUUUUGAGUCUAAAUUCUUCCUGUCUUAUCCAUUAAUAGAUUUACAAGAUCGGGUUAGAUACAUGUCCCUGGAGCAUCAUCUUUCUCCUUUUAGCUAACUGUAAAGAAAGAUGUGUGGCACUCAUUGUGAAAGCUGAGGCUUUGCUAUCUUUUCGUGUAAGAAGGCAGUUUUCAUAUUCCUACCCAGUUGUUUUACAUGCAGUAAAAUGAAAACAGGUGCUCUAAUGUUACAAACCGUAUGCAGAGAGCAGAUACCCAUCAUUCCUUGGUAUGUAUUUGAUUUGUGUGUAUGUGUGCGAGUAUGUGUGUGUGUUAAAAUGAGAUUUUUUUAAAGCUUUGUUCCUGCUAAUAGUAUUUAUUACUGUAGAUUUGUAAAGAUUAGUCUGUUGUUAACUUGUGAAACAAGCAGAGUUGUUCAGAGAUAUUUGUUUAUCUUUAAAGGUUUGUGUCUGGUUUCACCCUCCAUCUCCAAGUGGUGAUAAAUAGUUGUGAUAUACAAACAAAGUGUUCUGUUAUAUGGAUAAAAAGACAGAUUUAUACACAGAAAUGGA